AUGGUAAAGUGGCUGUUGCCUUUGAAGCAACAACAGCCAAUCUUAACCACAAAGACUAACAACAUAUUUACUAUUGCUAGCACCACCACCACCAUCAUCACUCAAACAUUAUUUUUUGUUUCUCUCAUUUUUGUUAUUCUCCCACAACAUACCGUACAAACAACAAUUUAUUCCACCCCCGAACUCAACGCAAAUAAUGGUCAUUACUAUCUAUUUACUUCUGAAGAUUAUAUCUUUACUCAUGCUGGAGCAGUAAAUCAAUCACUUUAUGAUGGGCUUACACUUGCUGCAAAUCCAGCUUAUAAAGCACAUCUUUUGACGUUGGACGAUGAGCAAGAAUAUCAGUUUAUUUUAAAUUUACUUGGAAACAAGAUAAAUUAUUAUACCGAUUUUUGGGUUGAUGCAGUACCAUUGGACAGCAACCAAAACAGCUGGGGAUGGAGAAAAGGUACUGCCAGACAACAGCCAUUCUAUACAACCUACCCAGAGCGUUGCUAUAGAUACUGUGGUGAUUUCGCGGGAAAUCUCAAUACCUCUCAACCUUACCUUUACGCUAGCUACAGCAACCGAGGAUUCUAUGGUGGUGGUGAGACCGAUUUGAAAUUGGUGAUCUUCGAAUACGAGUUGCCAGAAACCGCCUUAAAUUUAAUGUACUCUGAUUUCCCAACACAGAAACUCUAUAUGUCCGGUAGACAACAAGCAGGAAUCAACUAUUUUCAAGUCAAUGGUGUUGAUAUUACCUCUUUUAAUCCGUUUGGCUCAGGAGAUCUUGAGUAUGUUGAUCUCACGGGACCUGCUUCUGCAUACACCGAUCCAUUUAAAGUCAUUGGAAAAGCAGAUGCCAAUGGAGUUGCAGUGGUAGAAGAUUGGUUCCAAUUUAAUUCACCAUGGAUCUCUGGUGUUAGACAACUACAAAGUGAUGGUGUCUUCUCAAUGAUUGGAUUUUCUUUAACUCAAUUGCAAUCAAUUGAUCCUGGUAUUUUUAAAAUUGGAACUGCUGCAUCUACCUCCAACAAUGCAAUAGUGAUAAGCGGAGGGAUCAAUGGAAUUCAAGUUAAUUUUCCAGCUGGUACUUCUUAUCCUAAAUACCCAAUCUCCAUCGUCCAGGCAUCGAAAUACUAUAUUAGAAGUAACAGACCUGCAAUAUUCCGCGAAACAAAUCACCGAUUCUAUAGUUACUUUCCAACCUCUGUUAGCUACAAUCUUGCUAAGCAAAUUAUGGUGGCAUCCAAUUUCCUUUAUGACACACCAUUAAUGGCAUUGGAAAUAGACUCUGAACUACCAGCAUUCUUCCAAUCUGAAUUCGGCCUAACUCAAUCAUCGAAAUACUGGACCAAUGUUUCAAUUUCUAAUGGUGAAGUCCUGUGGAAUGGCAAUUUCUUUAGUGACACAUUUUCUGGUGAUGCCAAUGGACCGUUCUACUAUGAUCGAUCACAAGCUAAAGUUGUUGGAGACAACAAUCCUCAAUUGGCCAUGCCAUUGAUAUUGGUGUAUGGAUAUGGACAGCCCACCUAUUCUACCCCACAACCUAUGACUGUAUCUGUUAGCGGUAGUAAUAACCUGUUCCUCGAUAUGGAAACAGACUUUUUAAGACCUCUGGUAUCAAUUACCUAUCAAUCACUAAAUAGUACUACUAUGACAGGCACAGCAACCGCCGACUACUAUACGAAAUUUAUCAACUUUAAUAUUGGUCCUGGUACAGACCAACAUUUGGUUAAAUUCACAAUUAAAGAUCAAGAAGAUCCUUUGUUUGAAAGAUCCUUUACUUACCAAAUUAACUAUGCAGCACCAUCUAUUAAUGAUAUUAGCUAUGCUCAGAAUGGAGUUUUAACAAUCAGUGGAGAACAAUUCCAAAACCCUGCUACAAUCGUUGGAAUCAAAUGUGAUAUAUUAAGCCUUAAUGUGUACCAGAUCAAAUGUAAAGUACAGGAUCUUCCCAGUAGAGAAUACAAUAUUAGUGUUGUAGUUGGAAGUACACCUACAAACUCAAUCUUAUUCGAUAUGUCUCAUGUAUACACAUUUAUCGAUAAUAUCUAUCCACCAGCCGCUUCAUUGGAAGGUAGCGAUAUUACAGUUUCUGGUGUAAACUUUGGUACUUCACCUCAAUUUACUUUUAUAAAUACGACAAGUGGUGAUGCGGCAGUGGUAAUUGGUCCGACCAAAAUCAAUGACAAUAGCUAUACAUUCCCAUUCCUGAGUGGUUCUCUUGAAGGUCAAAAGUUUAGAAUUCAAAUAUCCAACACUGGAUUCUAUGUUAUACAAAACAGUCAAAUGGUUUCCAAAGAGAAAUUCAAACUUAAUAGCAUUCAACAAGAUGGAUAUCUUAAUUUCACUAUUGCUGGUACCAAUUUUGCCCCGUACUUUAGAACAUGGUCAAUGAAUGUCAAUGGACAACCGUUUGGUGGACAAACUUGUAACGAUACAAUGUGUAACAUCAUGUUUUCCUCAACUAAUACCAAUGGAAUGUUUACAAUUACUUCAGAGCCACUCCAAUUAUCCACAGCUAAUUCUGCAUCUCCAUUCAGUCCUGUUAUUAUCCCUGCUGAUUAUGAUCCUGUCGACGUUACUCAAAACAUGGUUCUCGGUUCAAUGUUUACUGAUGGUCCCACCCUAUAUACAGUUUUAAUAUCUGGUUAUCCUAUAACAGUAGUUCAAAGCACUGCAUUCACUCUUCAAGUGGGUGGAUUCCCAAAGUUUGUUGGUAGUCAUAUAGUUAAAACUAAAACUGUUUCCAAUUGGUAUUCUAAAGGUGUCACUCUAAAAUACUCAAAACCAAAGAUUUCAAAUAUAGUUUUUAGCAGUCAGACUAAUAUAAUGAGUAUUUCAGGCUCAUACCUUGGAUUCUCCGAUAAUGGAACCUAUCCUCUGAUAGCCGUAUCAAUUCCUACAGUUUCCGGUCUAUCAUUACAACCUACACAACCAUUACUUAGUAACAACCUGCUAUUCGAAGGAUUCUCGAUCGAUAAUCUACCGAAUAACGCAAGAUCUGGAAAAGUUAUAGUCACAGUCGAAGGUCAAGCAUCGAGUCCCUAUUCCUUCUAUUUCUCACCAGAGAUUUAUAAUGCACCAGUAACUAUUUUUGGUUCAAACUUUGGAGUUUUCCAACCAUUCUCUGUAACAAUUGGAAACAAGUCAUGUGACAAUCCUCUAGUAGAAGAAUCGACCAAAAUCAUUUGUGAUUUUGCAUCUGAUGUACCAAGCGAUGACAAAACUCUUAUGGUAAAUGUAACUGUAGCCGGUAUAUCUGUAUUAUCCCAGAAAUUCAUUUACAACCCAGAACCUGUAAAAUGUCUUGCAGAAUGUUCUGUUAAUGGUGAAUGUAUAAAUGGAUAUUGUAAAUGUAAAAGUGGAUUUACCGGUAUUACUUGCUCUGCCCAACUACAAAAGAAAGAAGAUAAAAUCGAUUUGCCAGAGCCAAAGAAUGACACAGUUACUAUUACCCUCGGUUCAGCAGAGAAGAAUGUCCAAUUCAAUAUUUCAAUUGUUUCGAUUACCGAGAGAGAUUCAUCAAGCAAUCCUGUAAAGUCAUAUCAAUUUUCAGAUAUCAAAUGGACAAUGGGAUCAUUAAACAACUCUCAAGUAUUUACGAAUAGCUCUAUCGUAUUCAACUACAAAGGAAAGAGAUAUCUUCACAGUUCAAAACAACCUUCAAUGAAAUAUGUAAUCACAAUUUCCAAUUGGACAUUUGCUGAUAAACUCAACACAUUGGAACUUUCAUUCUUGUCAAAGGCAGACAAUUCUAAAUCGGUGUGUGGUGAUGAUGUUCAAGCCAAAGUUGGAGGAACAUCAAGCAACAGUCUUAAAUCAUUGAGAACAAUGGAGAUUGUUCAAGGUGAUAUCAUUUUGACAGCCUAUUUCUCUGAUAGAAUGUUGGUCGAUGGUAGAAUUGCUUACAGUAAAGUUUCACAACCUGAAGCUGACAGUUCAACAACAGGAUCACUCUUUGUAACAACAACGAUGACCAUUCAACACUUUGAGAAUCAAGCCGUUAUCGAUCCAAACUUUGGUGCUCUUUUGACUUUGGACGAUAGCUCUUCAAGUGGUGGAUGUUCCGAUAACAGUAACAAAUGGAAACUACCUGUGAUCAUCGUUGGUACUACCCCAGAGCUCUCUGGUGUAACUAGAGAUGGAGAUAUAUUAUCGAUUUUAGGAGCUAAUUUAGGUACUCCAAGCAGUAUCACGGGAAUAAGGUGUAUCAACCCUCUCCCUAUACAUACCACAUCAAUACAAUGUACUAUUCAGUCACCACCUGGAACUUACUCCAUUCAAGUUACAGUGGAUGGUGUUACAUCAACCCCACUCAGAAUUCUACUAACCGGCUAUGCCUUCUUGAGCGGUAUUCCAACCCUAGUUUCUAAAGAAAGCAGCGUUAUUACCCUAUCUGGUGACAAUAUUGAUCGCACAGCUGUCAUUUCUGCAAAUGCAGUAUCUUUAGGAGCUCUUACUCCAAUAAACUCCACCGCUUUCUCUGUGACUUUACCUGGAACCUCCGCUUCGAAUCAAAAAAUAUUUUAUACAAUCACCAAUAAUGCUCUACCUUCAAUUGAAAAUACUCUUGACUAUUCUACAUAUACGGAUUUUCAAAUUAGAAACUUUAUACAAAACGGAUCAUCAAUUGUUCUCUAUGGAUCUUACUUCGAUUUAUAUUCAACUAUUAGUAUUAAAGUUGGAGCAGCUUCAAUGGUUGCGCAAUGCAAUCCUACCAUGUGUACUAUUGAAUGCGAACCUAAUGUAUCCAAUGGUCUAUUUCAAAUCAAAUCAUUGCCAAAUGGAUAUUCUAUAACUGUAUUUCCUAGUACUUUUUGGUCUCCUGUCAUUUUUAACUCCACAUUGCCACCAAUCGAUAUUAAUAAUCCAUAUCCAGUGGGUAUCCUAUUUGUCGAGGAUCUAGCUUUUGAGGUAUAUAUCAAUGGCUAUAUCCUCACUAUUCCUUCAAGAAUCGGCUAUACCUACUAUCUUGCAAACUUUCCAAGAUGGGUAGGAGAUUUUUUAUUAUCUAUUAAAGUUCCCAGUUUGAAUCUUGAAUCCGCCCCAUAUACAUUAUCGUUUAAAGCGCCUAUAAUAACGGAAUGUUACGAGACCAAUGGUACAUUGGUAGUAAAAGGAAGCUACCUCGGACAAAAUAACAUUGCAGAAUAUCCCUCUGAACGUGUUGUUAUUCCAUAUAUCUACGGUCUGUCAACCAGUGCACUUAGUCCUAGUAACUCUGGAAACAAAGAUAUUUUUUCAUCAUUCAUUGUGGAUCUUCCAUUGGAUUCAAGAACUGGUGUGGCCAGUAUUUCAAUUGAAGGAAAAGUGACAACCCUUAACACUGUUUAUAUUACACCUGUCGUUGAAUCCAUAACUCUACCUCCAGUGUCAGGUGGUAAUUUCACAAUCACCGGAAAGUAUUUAAAUCCAAUUUCAAUGUCUGGCGAUACGGUUUUGAUUGCUUACUAUGGUGAGAAAAUCAGUCCAAUUGCACUGAUUAAUAAUGCAUACCCGUAUAAACUUGUUGUCACUGUACCCAGCGGCUCAGGUUCAACAAAACUAACUCUCGACAAUGGUGCAAGAAAUAUCUCUUUCAAUGUACCUUACCAAAAUCCAAUUAUCAAUACUGUAUCAUCCACCUACUACGGUACUCCAUCAAAGGUAACCAUUUUUGGAUCUAGUUUUGGAUUCUAUGAACCAUUUGCAGUCUCCAUUGGAGGGGCUCCCUGCACCAAUGUAGAAAUCGAUACUAUUGGAACUAAGAUCAUUUGUAACUUUGCAUCAAACGUAGAUAGCAAUGGUUCAUCAUUGGCGGUGAAUGUUACUGUUUAUGGAAUUUCAACUGUAGAGAAUAAAUUUAUUUAUAAUCCGAAUCCUACUGAUUGUUUAGGAUGUGUUAAACAGAAUGGAGAAUGUUUAAAUGGAUAUUGUAAAUGCAAAGAUGGAUUUACCGGUACCAAUUGCAGCAUUAAAGUUAAUACAGGAAAUCAAUUGACACCAGUAAUUGAUUUGCCACAACCAAAGAGUGAUACAGUUACAAUUGUCCUUGGUUCAGUAGAGAAGAAUAUUCAAUUCAAUAUUUCAAUUGACUCAAUCACUGAGAAGAAUCAAUUGGGCGUAACAGUCAAAUCAUAUCAAUUUUCAGAUAUCAAAUGGACAUUAGAAUCAACUAAUUCCAAUUUAACAUACAACUACAGAGGUAAAUUUGAUGCAGAUACUAAAUUGGCAAUUGGUGUGGAAACAACAGUUUUCAUAAAUCAAACAGAAUACAAUUUUGAAGGUGAUAUAUUCACAGUUCAAAACAAUUCGAUGAAAUAUGUCAUCACAGUUACAAAUUGGUCGUUUGCUGAUAAACUUAAUAAUUUGGAACUUACAUUCUUGUCAAAGGCAGACAAUUCUAAAUCGGUGUGUGGAGAUGAUGUUCAAGCCAGAGUUGGAGGAACAUCAAGCAACAGUCUUAAAUCAUUGAGAACAAUGGAGAUUGUUCAAGGUGAUAUCAUUUUGAAUGCAUUUUUCUCUGAUAGAAUGUUGGUCGAUGGUAGAAUUACAUACAGUAAAGUUUCACAACCCGAAACCGAUAGCUCAACAACAGGAUCACUCUUUGUAAGGACAACCAUGUCUAUUCCCUAUUUCGAUAGAAAUGCAGUACUAGACCCAAGUUUCAGUGCACUACUGGUCACUGAUGACACUAAAUGUUCGACAUCCGAUAAAGAAAACAAAUGGAAACUACCAGUUAUAGUGGUUUGUAGUGUUGUAGGUGCGGCUCUAUUAAUUGGAUGUAUAGUAGGUUUACAAAAGAAAUUAAGAUAUAAAAUUAGAAUAGUAGGAUCUAAAAUGAAGAAAAUCAAUCAAUAA